AUGCAACUCAAGAACUCUAUGCUCCUGCUGGCGGCCAUGACGGCUGGCUCAGCCAUUGCACGCUCGCACGGCCACGAUCGCCGUCAUGCCGCUCACCGCGCACGCGAGGAGAAGCGUGAAGUCGGUGAUGUUGUCACCGCUACGAUUAACGGAAAGAUUGCCACCUGGGCCAACGAGUACGAUGGCGGUGGUGCCGAUACUGCCACCGCUACCACAGACGCUGAUGCCGCUGCCGCUACUGCUGAGACCACCACCACCACCGCUGCCGACGCCGCCGCUACUACUACCGAGACUUCUGACGACGUCCCCGAGGUUUCAAGCGUUGCAUCGGCCCCCGGCCAUUGCAGCAACUGGCACGACAAGUCUGACGAGUACUCCCGUGAGGGAUUCGGUCUAUCCACCCUGUCCAACGGCCUCCAGUACAUCGACUACAUCGGAAACAUUGGUAACCCCUGGGGUAGCAACAUCAUUGAGGUCGAAGCCGACAAGGCCUGCAAGUACCAGAACGUCGCCAAAUUCGAGGGCAGUGAGAGUGACCCCUGGACCAUUAUCUUCUGGAACAACUACGGCCCCAGUCGUAAGAUGGACGGCUGGUACGGACAUGCUGCUCUCAAACUCUCUCUUGAACCCGGUGACACCAAGUACGUGGCCUUCGACGAUGACUCCCAGGGUGGAUGGAGUGCCGCUAAGGGUGAAACCAUUCCUGUCGAUGCAAGUGGUGGUUACUCCGCCACUUGGGGUGAAUUUGACUUUGACAGUGACAAAAACAAGGGCUGGUCUGGCUUUGAUGUCUCGUGUAUCCAGGCUCAGAACGCCAAGCAGGAAGUCCAGGGCAUGAAGAUCUGCGAACAUGGGGGCGAGCAGUGCUCUUACGUUACCAAGCUCGCCAAGAAGGUGAAGGACGCCUACACCUCCGCCGAAACCGGCUUCGAUGGCAUCGGUGGCAAGGUGCAAAACAAGCCCGUCCGUCUCGUCGUCAACGUCGACUACGAUGAAUAA